AGAGACUCGCAACAGCUGGUCUCUCUGCGCGCUACGCCAGAACAACCUCGGAAGAGCUGAAAGGAGCGGGGCAUGCGGUCACAGAGAGCGCCGUUUCCCCCGGAGAGCCAUGGAGAACGGGGAUGCGGCAGCGCGAGGCUUAAUCUGUGCGGGCGCGCUAAUUGGAACGGAAUAGCACACCGACGGCUGCGGGCGCGAAAGAGAAGCGCCCUGGACCGGCAGCAGCACCGUUGCAGAGGAGAAAUAAGCGGAGUCCAUCUCCCCAAGUCAAUGAGUAUAGUGUCAGAGAAGCGCCCGCGGUGGAGUCGACCAGAGCUGCGCUUUCCUAAAAUAUGACCAGGGGCGCUUGGAUGUGUCGGCAGCAAGAUGACGGCUUAAAAAUCUGGUUUGCACCCCGAGAGAACGAGAAGCCAUUUACCGAAUCGGAGCGGGCCCAGCGAUGGCGCCUAUCGCUGGCCUCUCUGCUCUUUAUCACCGUCCUGCUCUCUGAUCACCUGUGGUUCUGCGCCGAGGCCAAACUGACGCGGACCCGGGACAAACGGUCAGACAGGCGGCUAGCGUUCACGAACAUGGACCAGUACCCCAACUCCCUUCAUCAUCAACACCAACUCCCGUCACUUGCCCCCCAUCCCACGCACAGCCGCCACUCCAGAGAGCCAGAUGUUAUUUUUAUAGGGAAUUCUACCAAACCUCUGUGGCGGCUGGACACCUGUCACCCUGACAGCCUGUCCAAAGAAUGCUUCACGUUCACGGACGCAGAGCCCGUGUGUUUGGGCCUUUCCUCGGAACCAGGGGACGAGGCGCAGUUGGUGGACGUGAAUCUGAGUGAUUUGUAUCUUUCUUUUUGUAAUUCCUACUCUCUUUUGGAUUUGUUUCACGGGUUUACGAGUCCAGAAGGAUUGAACUGCAGCCUGGCAAUGGGGGGAGACAUGCAGGGAUGCAGCGAAUGUGUCCAGGCUUACCAGCGCUACGACCAGCAGGCGGAGGAGGACUACCGAGAGUUUGAACUGCUAGUUCAAAAAUACGAGACGGAUGCAUACUCGGUUAGGACCUGCAUGGAGGAGUGCAAGACGGUGUAUAAGCCCUGGCUCUGCUCCCAGUACUUCCCUGUCAGUCAGAUCCAUUGCAGCAGCAGGAUCCCCUGUGGUCAGUACUGUCUGGAGGUGCAACAGAGGUGCCCCUUCAUUCUGCCCGACAACGACGAUCUCAUCCACGGAGGCAGCCCCAGUUUUAUAUGCACGGGACUGUUGGAGGACUACCCUUCAGGUGUGGCAGCCGCAGCAGAGUGCUGUGACAUCCGGUGGGACUCUAAUCCGGAAAACAGUUCUUGUGGCCCCCUCGGACAAACUCACCCGCGGUGCGAGCAGCGCGGCGCGCUCAGCUCCUCUGCGGCCUGCAGACUGUCGUCCAGCCGCCUCCGAUUUUGUCUGCUGGUUCUGGUCCUGCUGCACACCGUGGCCAGCCUCACCGCAUCCCACAAUGCAACGGGGCUGGGCCUCCCCACCAUCACGCCUCUGGAAGAGAGCCCAGCCAAUGAGGAAUGACUGAAUCGAGGGAGUUUCGGGGUUGAGAUGGAGGGGAGUGGGCAGGGUUAGUAUUCCCUUUUUUUCCGCAACCCCUCCCCCCCUCCAUCCCCCUGAUGGAGAGAAAUGUCCAUUUCAGAGGGAAAGACCUCAGUGCUUUCUGGGAAUGUAGUUUCACAGAGAGGUGUGAUAUUUGGACACAAAGGAAGACAUGCAAAUCAAUGAAAAAAAACAAACUAAGGGACAUAAGCAACCCAGUGGGCAGGACAAGGAACAACCACGAACCAUGGUGCAGCCUUUGUUGGAUUGGGGACUAAGGUCUCCUCGCUGUUGAGUUUCUCUCACUAAACUUUUCUACACUGUGUUCUAUUUUGGCUUUCUGUUGCACUGGCUGGCUAUGGAAUACCACUCCAAUGUCCUCUCUGUCAAUGUUCAUUCUUAAUGUUUGUUUAGGGAUCUCUCGUGCAGGAAGGAAACAUUUCAUCCACAUAGGAUAGCUGUAUACAGUUUAUGUUACAAAGCAAAUGUGUGUGUGUGUGUGUGUUUGUAUGUGUGAAUGGAUGCUCACAUGCGUGUAUGUGCACGUGGGUGCUUGUGUAUGGGGGUGUAUGUGCGUUUGCGUAGGUUUGUAUGUGCAUGUGUGCGCGUGUGUGCUUGUGUGCGUGAGUGUGCUUGUGUGCGUGUGUGUGUGUGUCCACCCCGAGUCCCCUUUCUAUGAUGUCAGUCCUGCUCUAGGCCCACUAAAGGUCAUGACCUUUGGUUUGAAUCACCAUCAAUGUUGGCGUAAACUUCCUCUUGUAGACCACAGCUGCUCCACUGGUCAGUGGCCUGGCGGUGACGUCCCUCAGAGAGACAGGCUCCUCUCUGUCCCCUCUACACACACACACACACACACACACACAUCCUCUAUAUUUCCCAUGCCUGCAAUGAGAAACUAAAGCGCACUGUUCAGUUCCGAUUGUUUUUCUUUACUCAUCAUCUGUGUUUAGUGCAUGUGGAGGUUCUCCGAAAUGCUAUAAAAGUUGUUGAUUUGACCCCAGCCCCACCCCAUGUGUAGUUGUCAUGACUACAACCAAUCCCUGGCUUCCUGUUGCGCGUCCCUAUUUCUAUUUGUUCUCCAGGCACACCUCCCCCCUCUCACACCAAAUAAAGGGCUUCUUAUGGAAUUAUCUACAUUACUAUAUAUAAGCACUAAAUCACUGACUCACACAUACAUAAACACAUUCACACACACACACACAAUCUCUCCCUGUCAUGCAUAGAUGUGGUUUGAGGCAUAUUAUAGUUAACCCAGUAUGCUGAGAUUGGCAACCUCAGAGGCAGCGAAAGUUAAUUUCUUGGUUGUGUUGGGUGUUUGUAAUGUUUUUGAACAUUUCUGAAGUCACAGAGUAGUUGAGAGUGUGAGUCUGUGGAGAAGAGGAACUGAUGUCAGGUGGCAGGUCCUGAUUGGCCCUGUUCUGCUGAUGAGAAAUGCUCAUUAAAAGACUGAUUGUAUUCUUAGUUUAUCUGUUUUAAUGCUUAUUGGAGGAUUGGGCACAGAGGUCCAGACAGAUGCAAGUAGAAAGGAAGCUUUCUACUAUAGCUCCUGCCAGCUCUCCCAGGGCUGGUUGCUAGGAGUAGCUGGCAGCUAGCCUGGAGGAGACAACAGAACAUUCUAACAUCUUUCAUUCUCAUGUGUUAGUGAGUCAGCACACAGCAUGUUAUUCCAUCAGUGAUCUAUAGGUGAGGAUUUUGUCUUUGGCUUUUUUUUCCCAAAAUCAGGACAUAAUAGGGAAAAUGUGGGAAGACAGUGAUGUUCUGUACCUAAACUGAACAGUAGCAACAGUGAAGACACCCGAUAUAUCAGAAUAUUUACUGAGCUGACCUAGGAACAUUCUAGAAAAUGCCAGGAAUACUCAACAUCUGACAAAGGAAUUUUUACAGACCAGGAAUACCCCAUAUCUGACUGAGGAAUAUUCAAGUGUCAGACCACACAUUCGUAUUACCUUAAUUACUGUAGGAACAUGAAGGAUCCAAUCUAGAACAGGGCCAUGAAUUCAUAACAUCUGACAGCAGAAUGUUCUGGAACAGAUCAGGAAUAUUCUAGAACAGAGCAGUAAGAGUCUACAACAGACUAAUGGCAUUCUAGAACAGACCACAGACAUUAAAGGACAGAACAGGAAUAUUGCAACAUUUUUGUUUUCAUGUGUUCAUCUGGCAUAUUUCUCUAUCAGGUUAAGGUUGUGAAUGAACUAAUGUUCUCAUCACACCUUGGACAAAUGUGGAUUGCUAUCUAACAUCAAUCAGUCAUUGUUUUGUUGGCAUGAAACGGAAUGAACAUUUCAUAUCACGAUUACAGUGACCAAUAUUAUCGUGGUUAUCAGUAUUUUCAC